UAGCGCCCCACACUGGAGCGGAGGACGCGAGAGUCACGUCUUUACAUCACUGCAGUCUUCAUGUGGUGCUUCUAAACAUCAUGGCGGCUGGUUUCAAAACCGCAGAGCCUCUAGAAUAUCACAGGAGCUUUCUGAAAGAAAACUGUCGUCCAGAUGGAAGGGAAUUGGGAGAGUUCAGACCCACAACUUUAAAUAUUAGCUCUAUAUCUACAGCUGAUGGAUCAGCACUGGUGAAAAUUGGAAACACCACAGUGAUCUGUGGGAUCAAAGCUGAAUUGACUAUGCCGCCAUCUGAUGCUCCAAAUAAAGGAUAUAUAGUCCCAAAUGUAGAUCUGCCUCCACUGUGCUCAUCUAGAUUCAGACCCGGUCCACCAGGAGAACAGGCGCAGGCUGCCAGCCAGUUUAUCGCAGAUGUCAUUGAAAGUUCAGAUUUAAUAAAUAGGGAGGAAUUGUGCAUUGAAAAAUCUAAGCUUUGUUGGGUGCUGUACUGUGAUAUUAUGUGUUUGGAUUACGACGGGAACUUACUUGACGCCUGUAUCAUAGUUCUGCUGGCAGCUUUAAAGAACGCCCGACUCCCUGAAGUCACUAUAAACAAAGAGACAGAUUUAGCAGAAGUUGACAUCCAGAAGAAGAGGCACUUGAAGAUCAACCGGCAUCCAGUUGGCUCAUCAUUUGUAAUAUUUGAUGACUCUAUAAUCAUAGUCGACCCUACAGCAGAAGAAGAAAGCCUGUCAACAGCAUUACUGACUGUGGUAACAGACGAGGAGGAUAGACUCUGUGCCGUCCACAAACCAGGUGGGACAUCGUUAUCUGGUGAGAAACUGCAACACUGCAUAAAUCGAGCCAUAACGAGAAACAAAGAAAUCAGCAAACUGGUGGACAAAGUCAUUGAGAGCAUGAAGAUGGCAAAAUAAACACACACAGUCAUGACAUUUUUAUCUAAAAGAUGUAUUUUUCACUGUCAAUAUAUACUUUCUUUUUUAUCACAAUAAAACUGCCGACAGAGACCAUUUACAAAAAUUCUGCCUCAGUGUUCAGAAAUGUCAUCCACUCACAUGGUUUAGAUUUUUUUUCUUCAUAAGAAUAUACAUCAACUCCCCCUCAGUAUAACAAAAUGCCAUUUUAAAAUGUGCCGUAUAAAAACCACACAUGUAAUUGCAUGCUGGGACAAGGCGGCCUAUCACUCUGACAUCCAGCAGUAGAAUGAAUGUUUUCUCGUAACUGUAAAGUUGAGCAACAGGUGAUUGAGGCACAUCUGUACGGCCCUUAUUAGUGUGCGUAGGGUCCACCCUCUCAAGCCAAACAGGCUCUUGUUGAAAGAGCCAUUUGGAAAGAGAAUAAAGACAGCAUGCUGUAGAGAACCCUACAAGAAUUGUCUCAUUUAAUAUCUUGUAUUUCUUUAAAAAAUACGGUAAUACUCUAAGGUCCCCUGCUCUAAAAGUCCUCGCAGUAUAUAUUCAUCUGUCCUGAGGUCAGGAGGGCAAUUCCUGCACCCCUAUGAAUGUAAAAAAAAAA